AUGGAUAAGUGCGAUACACUGAUUUUUGUUUUUGCUGAAAACCUAGCUUUGCUUAAGCCAACAUGGCAAUCAAAUCCAUAUAUUCAAGGGGACAGUAGAUUUGAUUCUAGUAAUGCUGUUGAUGGACUCAAAUCUGACUUAAGUUCUCUCGGUGGCCAAUGUGUCAUAUCUGAUGCAUCCAACGGCUAUACCUCUAGAUUUAUGGGAUUUUAUGUUUAUGUAUCAAAAACAACCAACAAACGUGAUGGUCAUUUGUGUUUCCAUGACACAAACUACAACAUAUCUACGAUUCCAGCUGUCGUCAUUAUUUCAUGCCCCGUGCAUGGGCAAUUUGUCAUUUAUUAUGACGAGAGACCACAGGAUUCAAAAUACGCCAGUCAAUUUUCACAAUAUGCAUCUAACGAACUAUGUGAAGUGGAGAUAUUUGGAUGCAGUGAAAAGGGUUAUCAUGGACCAAACUGUUCCAGCGAAUGCUCUAGCACCUGUCUCUUUCGUUCUUGUCACAUCACGACUGGAGUCUGUAAUGGCUGUGAACCUGGUUACAAAGGAGAAGAAUGUGAAUACGAAUGCAGUGGGAGAUAUUACGGUAUAAACUGCACGAAUCCUUGUGGGGAUUGUCUCAACUUUGAACAAUGUCACCAUGUUAACGGUUCUUGUUUGAACGGAUGUGAUCUUGGAUUCUACGGAGAAAAAUGUGACCAUGCUUGCCCGUUAGGACUGUACGGUAGGAAUUGUGAAAGGAGUUGUAGCGUACACUGUCUUGAUUCAGACAGAUGUGACAAGAAAUCUGGUGCAUGUCAGGGUGGUUGUAAAACAGGCUGGAAAGGGCUCAAAUGUGAAUCAGAGUGUGACUCCAAUAUGUUCGGGGAGGAUUGUAGUAAGCAGUGUGGACAUUGUCUGGAUGGAUCUCAGUGUCAACAUAUCAAUGGAUCUUGUCUCUCAGGUUGCGACCCUGGGUAUAUCGGUGAUGAUUGCAAUGAAGUCUGUCUAAAUGGGACGUAUGGAAUUGGGUGUAUCAAAACAUGCAGCAUGUUUUGUUUAGUGUCAGGUAUUUGCGAUCAUGUGACCGGAGCCUGUAGCAAUGGCUGUAAAAAUGGAUGGAUGGGACUCGAUUGCCUAGAAGUAAAGGGUUGCGAUGGAAAUAAUAUUGCUCUCUACAUUGUUAUUGGAAUCCUGUGUGUCUGCUUACUAGUUAACGUAUUACUUCUGAUCUACUUCAUCUACUUCAGGGGCAAUAGUAAGCAAAUGGUAAGAAUUAGUAAGUAUAAAGAAGGCGAAGACAAUAGUACGGAUGUAGAGGAUGUUGUGCAUGCUUCUAUACCUGAUAGUUCUAGACCUGAGAAUUAUGAAAACAGUCCAAAAGUAGAAGAUGCUAUGUAUGGUUCUGUACAUUAUAGUUCUAGCGCUGAGAAUUAUGAAACAAUGCUUGAAAUUAGCCAAUAA